GAUAAAGAAACAAACAUGGCCGAAGCGGUGUCCGACAGCGAGCAGCCGGCAGCGAAGCCGGCGCCCAAACGCCGACGCAUCCUCGACCCCUCGGCGAUCGUCUCGGUUCCCGUUUACUCCAACAAGGUGAGCAGCAGUCUGCAGCUGAAGCCAACGGCAGACAUGUUCACCGGAAAAGAAAACUCAGACGACGUCGCAGACGACGCUCUGUGGUCGCCGUUCUCGUCUCCGACGCGGAGCUCCGGCGACGUUGUCGUCGGCCUCAGCGACUCCGAGGACGAAGCCGACCGCGUGGAGACCAAAACGGAGCCAGCGGCCAUGCGCUGCCCGUCUCCUCCGCAGAGUCCGGUCCAGAAACAGUCCAGACAGGUCCAGAGGAAGAUCAGCGAGAUUGACAGGAAGCUCCGGGCGGUGAACUCCCUCCUGUCUCCCGAUCCUCAGGACAGCAGGUCCAGAACCUCCAGAAGGUCCAGAAGGUCCAGAGGGUCCAGAGGGUCCAGACGCUGCAACGACGACGUCCUCAUCAUUAACCCCAACGACGACAGCAUCACGCACCCCGACGACGACGACGUCCUCAUCCUGAACCCCGACCCGGGGCUCCAGGAUUCUCCGUACAGCUCCCUGGUCCGGGAGAUCCCCCUCAAGAUCCGCUGCCGAACCGACGUCCACAAGAUCCAGGUUCAGUCGUCGACGCCGCUGAAGGACGUGGUGACCCAGCUGUCCUCCGUCCUCGCCGUUCCCCCCGCUCGCCUCCUGCUGCUGAGGGACGACGUGGAGCUCCCGACUCACGCCACCGUCGGAGAGCUCGGCCUCGGCAUCGCUGACAUCAUCGAGUGCGUGGUGAUGGCGGCGGAGGACGAGGGCGGAGCGGACAGCAGCAGGACGAUCACUGUGAGGCUGCAGAGCAAAGACAGGGACUCUUCUCAGGAGUUCUCUCUGCACAGGGACGCCCCGCUGGGCUCCGUCUUCUCCCAGUAUCUGUCCCGGAUGUCCACCGUCCCCCAGAAGCCGGUCCGCUUCCACUUCGACGGCUGCAAAGUGUCUCCCAGCCAGACGCCGGCGCAGCUGGACAUGGAGGACGGAGACAUCAUCGAAGUCUGGCUCUAGGUCCGUCUCACGUCGUCCGUCUCUCGUCGUCCGUCUCUCGUCGUCCGUCUCUCGUCGUCCGUCUCUCGGCGUCCGUCUCACGUCGUCCGUCUCUCGUCGUCCGUCUCAGAGACGGAGACGUGUAAAACCUGGAAGGUAGUUCAGUUACUCUGGUUGGAAAAGUCACUUUAUUUGUAAAUGUUGAAAAUACAAAAAAUAAUCACA